AUGGCAGCAGGAGAGCUCCAUAGCGCGGUGAAUCUUAAAGACCUCGCCCCUACCAAGCUAAAAGAGGGAACCGAGCCGAACGGCGCGGCAGAACCCACAAAUUUGCCCCGACGAGGCGAUAAUAACAAGCGCGACAGGAGAGGCAAACCCGAAGAACGACCCGAGGCAAGGCAAAGGAUCAACAUGAUCAUGGGUGGAUCAAAAUAUUAUCAAGACACGGUAUCCUCCAUCAAAGCCUAUCAGCGUCGAGGCGAAGCAAAGGAGAAUUGGACCGAACCGACCGAUCUCCCGAACAUGGUAAUAUCUUUUACCGAGGAAGAAAAGGCAGGGAUAGACAGACCACACACCGACCCACUGGUGAUCAAACUGACAAUCAGAGACCAUGACGUAGCAAGAGUACUCAUAGACACCAGAAGCUCGGUAGACGUUAUCUUUAGGGAGACACUCAGAAGGAUGGGAAUCGACCUCUCCGAGGUGACGGCUGUUCCUAAGCCUCUAAUCAGAUUGUCAGGAGAAACAAAAAUGACUAUGGACACAAUCAGACUCCAUGUGGUGGCCGGUGGAGUCACCAAGAUCGUCGAAUUCUCUGUCACCGAUCAUCCAGCAAUCUACAACAUGAUCAUGGGGGACUCCAUGGAUAAAUGCAAUGAGGGCGAUCCCAUCCAUUUAUCACCUCUGCCUCAAGUUCCCAACUCCUGCAGCAUCAAAAUAAUUUGGGAGAAACCAGAAGGAGUCGCGAAUGUGUUUCCUGACGGAGCACAAUUGAGAACCCUGUCACCGACGGCGCACAUCGCGGAGAAGCGCGAAAUACGCACCGAGCCAGAAUGUGAUGCGGUGGACUCGGUGUGCAUAGACGAAACGCAUCCAGAGAGGCGCGCCAAGAUCGGAACUAAGCUGGGAGAACCUUCGAGGAACGAGCUCCUCUCAUUCCUCAAGGUGAAUAUCAACACUUUUGCCUGGACCGCGGAGAAUAUGCCCGGCAUAAGCAUCGAUGUGACCUGUCAUGAGCUGAACGUAGAUCCGACCUUCAAACCAAUCAAGCAAAAAAGGAGGAAGCUUGGCCCAGAACGAGCUAAAGCCGUCAACGACGAAGUAGAAAGAUUGCUAAAAGUGGGAUCAAUCGCCGAGGCAAAAUACCUGGACUGGCUCGCAAACCCAGUAGCCGUGAAGAAGAAGAUUGGCAAGUGGCGAGUCUACGUAGAUUUUACAGAUCUUAACAAGGCGUGCCCAAAAGACAGUUUCCCUCUACCGCAUAUCGAUCGGCUCUUCAAAGCUACAGCAGGAAACAGAUUGUUGACGUUCAUGGACGCGUUUUCAGGUUACAACCAAAUCCUGAUGCAUCCCGAUGACAGAGAAAAAAUGGUGUUCAUAACCUACCGCGGGAUAUAUUGCUACAAAGUCUUGCCGUUCAGACUCAAAAACGCUGGGACAACAUACCAGCGGCUCGUCAAUAAGAUGUUCGCAGAUCAGCUCGGAAAAACCAUGGAGGUGUACAUCGACGAUAUGCUGGUCAAAUCGCUCGAAGAAAAAGACCACAUCGUGCACCUACCGGAAUGCUUCGAGCAAUUAAACAAGCACAACAUGAAACUUAACCCGACAAAGUGUAGAUUCGCAGUCACCUCAGGAGAGUUCCUCGGCUAUCUGGUGACACACCAAGGCAUUGAAGCAAACCCCAAGCAGAUCAAGGCGUUAAUCGAGAUGCCUUCUCCAAGAACGAAGUGA